GUUAUAAAAUGAAAUUGGAAGAGAGCUGAACUAUAACACCAAGGUGGACCACAAGGACAAGAGCUUCGCUCAGCUAUGGAAGUUUUCUAGUUCUAUUAGAUAGUACAAAUUGCCUAACUUCAUUAGGCUAUUACAGUACAAACUACCUAACUUCUAGCUCUAUUUGACAGUACAAAUUACAGUCUUAACUAGUGACCUAACUUCAUUAGGCUGCUUUUACCGAGACUCAUACCUUUACUUUCAUCUAAGCUCGCAUACUUUCACCCAAGCUGCACGUAGUUAGACAUAGCACGACUAUUCAUGAAAUAGCACCACGUAGGUAGGCAUAGCCUUGAAAAAAGAUGAAGCCUAACGGAGGAGGCAGACCUCCAGUGAGUUUGGUGUACUAUCACAUUCCGACGGACCAGGAUGAAGCCCAAUUCCCCAAUGCUUUUCCUUUGGCGAAAGCGCGUGGGGACAUCAAGCUUCGCGACAUCCGAGAAAAGUUCCCACUGCCAGGCCAGUAUCAUUUUCUUAAGUGACGGGGACUGUUGACCACGACAAGAACGACAAUAUUCUGAACUCGAGACAACGUCGAGUCAGGACAAACACAAUAUUUCUAUCACUUUAUUUUUUGAAGAACAAGAGGCUGAUCUAUUGGUUUGAUCUAAAGACUUUGACUUUCUAAUUUCCGUUUCAAGCUGAAGUGGAGCGAUAGUCAAGCGGUGUGGAUGGACGUAACGAAUGAGGACUCUGCAGUGCCAGUCUAUGACGACAAAAUAAUUUGCAAGGUACUACAAACUACAGUAGCUAUGGUUACGGGUCCGUGGUAGAAGUCGUCGAUCCUUUACUCAAAUUUUCAGUUGAGGAUCUGUAGGAGUCACGCAAGUAGCUCGAAUGUUGAUCUUUGAAGAAGCUCGAAUUUUGUUCGCUGUCAGUUUUCCUUGAAUCUGAUGAAGAUGAAGAACAAGAAGAAUCAAGACCUAAUAUUGACCACAAAGAACCUCAAGCUUGAGUAUUUGGGAGAAUAUUUAAGUAGGAUGAGGAAUAAGGUGAAAUUCUGGAAUAAAGUGUGAUGGCUGGAAGCCUGUAAUGACGCCGCAGGUUUUGCGAAUAUCGUGGACUUCGAAUGGGCCUGGUGGUGCAGUCGGAAACGCAAGAGCACAUAGUUCAGGACCUCAGAACAAUGUAGGAGCAUCAGUCGGGCGAACAGGAGCACCAAGUAGUGGAGUAGGGAACAACACCGCACAAACAUCAAAGCCCGCUAAGGUAGCAAAUACAGACCUACUCUUCGGCGGAGAUAGUCCCAAGGGCAGUAAAAAUACGUCGUCAACGGAUUUGCUCUUCGACGGGUUCGCGAGUGCCCCACCGCCUCCUGCGAAAAAGGACGACUUUGACCUUUUUUAGCACUAUUGAUUUUUUGGGACAUUAAGAACUUCAAAAGUUCAAAAAGCAUUUUUUUUCAGCUGUCCCUCUCUACUUCCUCUCCGCUUCACUCUAUGUCCUUAACCUUUACCACCUUCCCUUGAUUCUACCAACGACCGAACGCCCAAGUUUGAUUAGGUAAAGUACCAAGUCUGCCGCUGAGCGCCACAUAUUUUGAUGUGGGAACAACCUGAACAACCGGGCCUUCGCCUUUGAUGUUGUC